ACCACCAUUAGAAUUUAAAGUUAAGAAAUGUUCCCGGAAGGAAUUCAUGUAGGAUUAAAUUCAGUGGGCUGUAAAUUUAGAACAUUGUCCUGUAAAGUCCCAAACUGCUGCUCUACCCUUCCUCCCAUCAGUCUUUCAUGUUAACAGGCUGCUAACUGCUGGCUCCAUCACAGAGCCCGCUCUCCUCCCAGGGUACUGGAGGUAGUAUAGGGUGGAGUGGCAGGGCCAAAUGGCCUCAUAGGAUGAGAAGCAUUGUCAAGUCCCCACCUCAGCUCAAAUCACCUCUGUAAUCUCAGGAUAUGUUCUCAAUACACAAAGAGAGCUCUUCCACCCCCCCGGGGGCACUUUGAAAUUCAGCUCACUGUUAUUCAACUUGGACUGAAGGAGAGAGAAUCCUUUAUGUAUUGCAGGCCUAUAGUACAUGCAGAGUGUAUGUGAGCACUUCUGGGUCAUCCCAAUCAAGUCCCAGGAUAAUAAAAAACAUUGUUGUGAUUUUUGAAUCCCUAAAUAUCUGUUUAUGAUCCCAUUUAAGGGAGUAUCUUUCAUAUAUAUUUUUAAAGGUAAUCUUAGGAUACAAACUAAACAUCUCUUUUAUUGCUACUUUUAUCACAGUCCCAUGGUAUGUCAACUGAACAACAUCAAGUAACAUUCUCACCUGCCCCCUCAGGACCCCCCCCCCCCCCUGGCUGUUCAGACCACACCCUUUCUGUGAUGACCAAUCAAGUUCAAGGCUCAGACUUUUCAAGGAUAGAGACCCCGGGUGUAUUGAUUACUCCAAAUCGCAUCUGAGCAUGUCCCGGUCACCUCCAGCAGCUGACUCAUACCAGCAGGGCUGCAUCAGGAUGACCCUGGAGAACGCUGAUCUCUGGAAGUCCUUUCACAGCAUCGGAACAGAGAUGAUUAUAACAAAGCAUGGAAGGAGAAUGUUUCCACACUGCAGCAUCAGUCUAUCUGCGCUCCAACCUUUUGCCAAUUACAUCAUCAUGAUGGAUAUGGUUCCUGCGGACAGCUUCAAAUACAAGUGGAAAAAGGAGCAGUGGGAGGUCGCAGGGAAGUCAGAGCCCCAGCCCCCAUGUCGGACAUACAUGCACCCGGACUCUCCUGCCCCAGGAAGUCACUGGAUGAAGCAGCCGUUGUCUUUUCUCAGGAUGAAGCUCACCAACAACACCUUAGACCAGCAUGGCCAUAUCAUCCUGCACUCCAUGCAUCGCUACUACCCCAGGUUUCACGUCACCCAGGCAGACAGUCCUUACACUGUCCGCUGGGGUCCCUUUCAGACUUUCUCCUUCCCAGAGACGACCUUCACAGCAGUGACCGCAUACCAAAACCCAAAGAUCACCAAAUUGAAGAUCGACCACAACCCCUUUGCUAAGGGAUUCAGGGAGGGAGGCACCCAUUCCCACAGCAAAAGGUGUCGUUCAAAUAGAAGCCCUCCUGCAAAAAGAGCCACACUGGACAGGGAAGCUCUUUGCAACAGUCCUCCAGGCCUGCAGAGGAUGCCGUCCACCUCUGAGUCAGUGGAGGCAGGGAAGGAUCAGCAGCCAUCGAAGGAGCGUGACCUUUCAGCCUGUUCUGUGGAGCAGGAGAGUCUACACGCUGAGCCCCUGGAGCUGCAGGAGUAUGACUACAGCUGUGAAGAACAGAUGGUGCCUGCAUCCGUGCCAUACCAGCCCUACAGAUCUCAAGAGUACGCCAGAUUUCCACUGCCCUCCAAUGAAGUAGAUGCAGUGCACACUCUUGUCCACCCUCCCCAUCAUCCACUCGCCACAGCUGAACACAACCCCCAACAACAUGGCUACUACCACCAUCCUCACCACCAUAGCCAUGCUGUGGAUUGGAGCCAAUACCCGCUCUUCUCCUACUCCUGUUGGUGACUUACUGACAGGCCAAUGGUUAAAAGUUUACAAUUGUGUAUAAAAUGUUGUGUAUUUCCAAGAGCUUGAUUUGUAUGUGGGGGUCACUUUAAUCUGUGUGAGUUUCACUGGACAAAAAUCUUAUUCACCUGAAGUGGAGACUCAUGUCUUCCUGUUUUUUUAAUAUUCCAAAUCACACACAUGCUAGUUCAGUCUGAACUUGCAUGGUUCUCUGUGUCAAAAUAAAUACUGUAUGUGUUUUGAAAUGCAACAUAUACAGACAUUAUUGUCUGUAUCCAGUCAGCUGGGAAAUAAGUGUGAAAUGUAAUCUUCAGGUCUAAAGAAAGGAUACCCAUCCGUACUGGAACAUAACUUUAAUAAGCCUGUUAUGAUAUCAUAUUGAGUUAUCAAAGAUAUUUGGAAAGGUUUUCCUUUUUAGGUUUGAUUUUGUGCUCAUCUACGGCUGACAGCUGGAAUUGCUUAAAACACAAUGUAGUAUGAAAUAUGAUCAGAAUGUAAUGCAUAACCAAAUUUACUUAUAUUCAACACAAAAAUGUGAAAAUGUCAUAUUGUGUCAGAAUCAGUAUCUGCAUCAUAAAAUGACAAAAUUGUAUAUUUGUGUUUGAUUGCUGAGGACAGCAACAAUGAGUGCACUUGUGUGACAUUCAGGUAUGUUUUCAGGUAUUUUGAUAAGAAUUAAAGACACAUAGCUAAUGGGAUUCUUCAAGACUAAGAUUCUACAGCCACCUCUUUGAGGCUGUACUAAGCCACAGCGUGCUAACAUGCUCACAAUGAAAAUACUAACAUGCUGAUGUUUAGCAGGUAUAAUGUUUACUGUGUUCACAAUCUUAGUUUGGUGUGUUAGCAUGUUAACAUUAGCUAAUUAGCAUUAAUCUUAAUGUACAGCUGAAGCAUAGAGGAAUGUAAUACGUUUUGGCAACAAAAAUAAAUAUU